AUGACGGUAACCGAUGCUCUCAUUGACGCAAUUCAUACGACGCGCAGCCAGAAUCAAUCGCAAUGGUAUUGCCACAAUCUGUGGCGACAGGCGGAGAACCUGGCGGGAGACGAUAGAUCGCGUGCAACGAACGGCAGGCAUGCUGCAACAACUCGGGAUCAGGGACGACGACCGGGUUGCGAUUCUGUCCCCCAAUUCAGAUACGUAUCUCGAGUAUCUUUUUUCCGUGGCCUGGGCCGGCGGCGUCAUCGUACCGAUCAAUACGCGCCUCGCUCCGCCCGAAGUCUCUACUGGCUUCAGGAUUGUGGCGCGAAGACGCUCGUUGUCGCUGAGCCGUUCGUGGACGUCAUCAAUAGCAUUCGCGAUCAACUUGGGCAGAUUGAGCAGUUCAUCUUUGUUGGUGACGGGCCCGCGCCGCAGGGCUACGUUUCACACGAGGACCUCAUUGCAAAUGCUGAGCCUGUGGCCGAUGCGGGCAGAAGCGGCGAAGAUUUGUAUGCGCUUUUCUACACUGGUGGCACCACCGGCCGGUCGAAGGGCGUCAUGAUCAACCACCAGGGUAUGACUGUGAACAUCCUCGAGUGGAUCGCUGCAGUCAGAGUCACCCAGGAGGAUCGCUUUUUGGUCAUCCCGCCGAUGUUCCAUGCCGCAGGUGGUGAGAACAGCCUGGCAGUCGCUGCGCUGGGGGCCACCGCUUGUAUUCUCCCGCAGUUUGAUGUCGUGGAGGGCUUCAGGUUAAUCGAGCGCGAGCGGGUCACAAAGGUUCCCUUGGUGGCAACAAUGCUCGACAUGAUGGUUAAACACCCUCAACUCGGCAACUUUGAUCUGUCCAGCAUAAAAAAGAUUACUUACGGUGCGUCGCCGAUGCCCGUGGAGCUGCUCGAAACUUCAAUGGACGUAUUGCCCGAUGCGCAGUUCUUCCAGGUGUAUGGGCAAACAGAGGGAGGUCCAACGGUGACAGUGCUGCCACCUGAAUAUCACGUCACCGAAGGGCCAUACUCAGGCAAGCUGAAAUCGGCGGGCGUACCCAUUAUUGGCGUCGACAUCUGCAUCACGGACGAACGUGGUAAGGAGCUCGAUCCUGACGAAACCGGCGAAAUCUGUAUCAAGGGGCCGGGUGUUUCUCCCGGCUACUGGAAUCUUCCCGAGCUCUCAGAAACCGCGUAUUUCGGCGACUGGCUCCGGACCGGUGAUGCCGGUCACAUCGACGAGGACGGUUUUCUAUUCAUCUCCGACCGAGUCAAGGACAUGAUCAUAACCGGUGGCGAAAACGUCUAUCCGGCCGAAGUUGAACUGGUUCUGCUAGGCCACGAGGCCGUUGCCGAGUGUGCCGUCAUCGGUAUCCCGAGUGACAAGUGGGGCGAGCAGGUCCACGGCAUCGUACGCCUGAAACAGGGCCACUCAGCCACCGCAGACGAGCUCGUAGCUUGGUGCAGGGAUCAUCUCGCGGGGUACAAAAUCACCCGCAGCAUCGAGUUUCGCGAAGAACCGUUUCCGCUAAGCGCAACCGCCAAGAUUCUCAAGCGCGAAUUGCGCAGACCGUAUUGGAACGAGACCGACAAGCUGAGUUAG